CCAUGUCGAGGGCUCGAUUUCUGUUCCGGACCCGAACGGCUGUCCGGCGGGCUCCGUCGCGUUGAAGUACCGCGGCCGCUACAAGGGCGUGGCAAUCGGCGGCUGUGGCAUGUUCGGUUGUAACGCCCGUUACGACUAUCCCACGAUUGAAAGUUGCUACGAGGCCUGCGCCCAAACGCCGAGGUGCAAAAGCUUCGAAUGGGCACCGUUGAACGGAGACAGAAACCACGUGGACAAAAAAGUAUAUCUUGUUGCAAUCAGCUCAGUCACUUGGCCUUAUUUACUCACUGAGCAGUUGUUGACCUCUCGACUGUGACCUCCUGAAAUGCUCAGCAAAAUGCUGCGCCAGCAUCAAACGCUUUGGCUUUAUACGAGAGGUCAAAGUGGAAAAAUUUAAUUUCCGAUGAGUGACAAGCUCCAGCUGUAGAACCAGAUUAAGUAUCUGACUCGAUAAGUAUGCAUCUCGAUAUUUGACAGGUGUGUGGAAUGUGGCCGCACGCGAACCCGAACAGCUUGUGGCCGGGCGGCGACGGGCAGUAUCACAUGAUCCUUUGCAAGAUGGGCGCUUCUCCGAUUGGUUCCGGUACCGUGAGCUCCAUUCAACUGAAAGGGCGUUUAGGGCAGGAGAAGGUUCGCAUCAACGCGCGGGACAGCAAAGUAGAGUACCGGCUGGCGAAGGGCGACAAGUCGUACGACCUGCCCACGCCGGUGAACGAGUAUCAUGAGAAAAAAGUGUAUACAGUUACACAUUUGUUGGAGUUUCUGCAUCACAAAUUUUCCCUGUUUGGCACAGAAAACUUGUAGUGCGAAGAUCAUAAGGGAAAACAGGAAGGAAACGAGGCUCCCAAGCAUUUCCUGCAUGAGAAAGGUUGUCUGUGUUGCCGGUCUUGCAACACAAUGCGCAACUGUAACACUUUUUUGUUGCGAUAACGAGGGCGAGGAGUUUAGUAUCGAGUUUCUGAACGACAAUGGCCCCAGGGACGUGUUUGUAACCGAGGCGGACAAGUUUCUGAUUCGCACGGGCAAGCGCUCCUGGCCCUCGUGCCCCACAUUCACGGCAAUUUUCCGGGGCGGUCGGUGCGACUUGGUGCGCAAAGGCGUAUUCGCCUG